UGUGUGGUAAAGUCUCGUACAAUACGCCGUGGUGUUCGGACGCGUAUUAUAUGUACCUGCAUCAUAAAUAGUAUAGACAGUGUUGAUAUUAAAUUGUUAAAGAGCAAACUUCAUUUGAAGAAUAAAAUUCAGUUCAACAAAAGUACUCGUUUCGCUCAUAAUAAUCGACAUUAUGGUGCAUGCAGACAAUGUAUCAUUAUAAUGUUAUUCAUUAGCAGCGCACGUAGUUUUUCAUAACUAACAUUUUUGCUGUACAUGUACAACAAACUAUCAAUAUUUUAAGUAAAUUUUGCUGCUAGUGAGAAUUUCUAUACGAAUAACUAGUCAUAUACAAAUGAGUGCGCGAUUAAUGUGUUUCUAACGUUGACUUAGUGAUCAAUCCAAUAUUAAAACAAGUUUUCAAAAAAUAAAUAUUUUGUUUGAAAACUGGAUGGUGUCUCAAUGAAAUGACUCAUCAUCAUCGUCAGUGUGGUGAACAAUGUGUAAAGCGAAAGAAGUUAAAUGACUUCUUGUAUCAAUCGGAAUAUAUAUAAUUUUGUGUCAGUUUUGAAUUAACAUUCAGUUAAUUGUGCGGUGUUCAAUAAUGUGACUAAUAAUUUUUGGAUUUGAACAGUUUUAGUGCCCGAAACAUCAAACACCUCUGAAGAUUAUUUUUUUCUAAAACAAUUUUUCGACGUAGAAUAAUCAAAUGAAUUCGUUCAUCAUGUUUGUCUCGGUCAUUGUGAUUACAAUAUUACUGCCAGCAUCCAUUGCUGGACUUGCUGUAACGGGAGCGAGAUGUGGUACAAAAGUUUGUGACCCGUUGCAGUAUUGUUCCAACUAUACCAAACAUUGUGAUAGUUGUGCGAAUAUCUGCGAAAAUUCGUCGCACAAUCUUGAUUUACAUUUAUGCGCUGAUGUGUGCCAAGAUUACCUUCACGAAACCAGAUACAUUAAAGCAGCAAAUUAUGCAGCCGAUAUACAGAAAUUGCAGAAGCAGCAGACAAUCAUUCUAAUUAUUUUAAUCGUUUUACUGAUUAUGUUCGUUGGAAUACACGGAUGCCAAUGCAUUCGUUGGUUGAGAAGGAAAGACUAUUUAUCGUUCGAAUAUCUGAAACGAUUCAGGGCCAGUACGCGUCGUGAAAAGCAACAACCAGCUCCGCAAAGUGAUUUUACGCAUGCAAAUCCACACACUCAAAGCCCUCAACAGAUGCGAAAGAACAAUGGAGCACGAUCCGUUUUCUCCAUAUCGGGUAAUGAGUCAACAGUACAAACGGUUUCAACACCAAUCAGUAGACAUCCAGCUGAGGAUAAUUUAGACUAUACAUACGACAAUGUGGCACUACAAAUGACUCCAGGCGAUAAACCGAAAACAGAAACUAAUUUUUAGGAUUUUUUUAUGUGAAUGAAAGGGUUAGGUAACCUAACUUGGGUCUUUAAGUGUGGCGAAUUUAGUGUGUUCUUGAUUAGUUCAUUGUACAAAAUAACAAUAGUUGAAUUUUUCUUUAAUUUAAUUAAUCAUUUGCGCGGGCAAGAACGAUUUUGUGAUUGUACUCUUAGGGAAAUAUUUGGCCGUCGAUUUUUACGACUCAGAUUUUGAAGCAUUUUUCAGUGAAACUUCAAUUUUCUAAAUUCAAACACAUUUCAAUACACCACUGAACUCUACAAAUACCAAAUUUGUAGUAAGUUCGUUCAUGCAUCAAAAAUACCCACAAAAGCAUACUAGUAAUAAGACAUGUAACCUUCGACCUCUUAACUCAAAAAACAUUAUUGAAGCUUAGGGCCUAAGCCUUUCUG